GACUUACAAGGCACUUCAGCAGCGCCGGAUCAGCGUGCAGAGGACGCCCAGGCCGCAAAGGCUUUGCGCGAUGUUCGCUUGCAUGCUGAACAGCAGCUUGCUUGGAUCUUGCAGCGAAUGGGCGUCACUCACCAAGCUGCAGAACUACAGAAGGUCGGUCCUGCUCCGUGUGUGUGA